GUUGUUCUUCGUCUUCUUUAUUCCACCACAGUGAAAACAUUAUGGCAACGCCCGCAAACGCUACAUCCGUCGUGGAUGCCCAAAAACGUGCCCCUCAAGAAUUAAAAAAUGUAGUCGACUUUUUACGUGCAAAAGCAGGACCAAAAGUCCGGCUGGGUAUCCUGAAUGGGAAGAGAGUCGAGUACUUUAAAGGCAAAACGGCGAUCCGCACAUUGCUUAGCCCCCAUUACCAGAAACUGAAAAAGGUGCCUCCUGUAAAGGAUGAGGAUGAAGCGAAAGAGCUCAUGGUCAGGCUGUUACCCUUCGCCUUUUUCCUCCGCACCGACCGACCCGUUCCCGAAACUCCCAUCCCUUCUGGCCAACCGAAACCCCUCCGUCUCUCCCCACAACAAUCGUUCGACCCACUCGCGUACUAUACCUGGUUCUACGACGGUUCCCCGCUAUACACUUACCUCGGCGGAUUGGCCAUGGUGCUGAUCAUGUUGGCGGGUGUCAUGUUCCCACUUUGGCCGGUGAAACUGAGGAUCGGGGUAUGGUAUUUGAGUGUAGGCGUGUUGGGCCUGGUAGGAGCGUUUUUGGGGCUGGCGGUGGUGAGGUUGGUGUUUUGGUGUGUGACGGUGUUGACGAUGAAGAGGGCGAUUUGGAUCUUUCCGAAUUUAUUUGAAGAUGUCGGUUUUGUCGACUCGUUCAUCCCCGGAUGGGAUUACGACGAACCCAAAAAGAAGAAGAAGAGCGGUACCCACGCCAAAGGUCAUACCCAUAUCAAGAAACACAAGUCUGGAUCUGGAUCGGCGUCUGGCAAGGCCAAGCAUGGGCAGGGACAUGCAGGAGGGGUGGAAGUAUCUUCCCCUGCGCCCAGCUCGGCACUUCCUACUGCGGCCGAAGUUGGGGCUAGGACUGAAGGUGAGAGUGAGGGAGUGAGGAAAAGGGUGACUGUAGAAGAUGCGGAUGAAGAGUGAAGUGUGAGGUGUGGAUAGGGAAAGAGAACAUUCAUUUUGUUUUUCGAGGAAUCGAGAAUGAGAAUGAGAUGGAAGAUCGUGUGCAGAUCAGAUUGUUCGCAGGGAUGAUUGGGGGUUGAGAUGUAAAAAGUACAACUUCCUUGUAGUGAGGACUGUUUUUUGCUCUCCAUUGACCCCUUCUCGUAUACGUAUAGUAGAAUAAUCGAGGAGGCGUUCUUUCUUUCCAUGGUCUUUGCAUCGUGGGGCCAUAUAUGCAUUUUUUUUUCCAACGCC